AUUCAUGUUCUGUAAAGAUGUUGAAAGUAACUUACACAAUCUGUUGCGCUCGCUCGCAUAUAUUGGAGUGCAAUGCAAUGCCCUGUUGUUACAAUGUUACAACGGAUGUCCUAUAUUGAACUGUCCACAGCAUGCAUGCAAGGUAGCCUAAAGCAUGGACUCCAAUGAACUAAUUCGCCAUGGAAAGGAGAUUGAGAAACUUCACACAAGCGGUAACUACAGCAACAUACCGCCUCUUCUCGCGCUUAUUUCAGAGGCACAUGUGUCUUUCGAGCAGCUAGAAAACACAGGUAUCGCUCACAUUCUCUAUCGCCUUGUCAAGUCGUGUCCAGAGACAGGUGUGAGAAAAGCCUGCAAAGCGCUGCUUUCGAAAUGGAAGACAUUAUACAGACAUGGACACAAACACAUCUACCAUCAAGAAAGUCAUGCAGAUGAGUAUGACAAACCAAAAGGAGGAUAUUCAGAAACCACAGAUAAACUUGAUGAAACUACUACCUGUGGUCUAGCCUCAGGUGAUGCAGCACCGUGUCUUCACAUUGGCGAAAAGACACUGGAGGAAAGUCCAGGCGGGCAAGCAGAAAGUCAGAGAUGUACUGAGAUCACCACAGAAAUGUUACCUCACGAAACACAUGACCAUCAUGUAACAAAAGAGUCAUCUUCACAAGAUGUGACAACAGCGAUAAACUCAAACCAAGCUGAUUUAGAAUCGUCCAUAUCCGAAAUCACCUCAGAACAGCCAUGUCCAGUUCGGAAGAAAUGCACGCAGUUACUUCAGCAGGCAUUGACCUCUGACAAAGCCCCAGAGAACACAGAUACAAACACACUAGCGGUAUUAGCUUGCAGCAUUGAGCACAACAUUCACGCAACACAUAGCACCAACAUGCCCAAAUACAAGGCCUGCGUGAGAAGCAAAGUGGCCAACCUGCGCAACCCAAAGUGCCUCCACCUCAGAGAGGGUCUUUUGUCAGGCACGCUGACCCCACAGAACUUUGUGCAGAUGUCGGCAGCAGACAUGGCGGGCGAGGAGCUACGUAAGGAGCGUGAGGUGUACGUGGCGGCGGGCAUCAACGAGCACCAGUUGCCCAGCAGUGAGGAGGGAACUCCUACCAGUAAGCUGCGCUGCAGGCGGUGCCAGGGCAUGGACUGCAGGGUCACGCAGAUCUCCCGCGGCACCCUCUUCCUGCCCUCCUGGGUGCGGCAGGGAAACCCUGGAGAAGAGGCCAUGACCUUUGUGACAUGUGCAGGGUGCGGGCAGCAGUGGUACCAGAGCGGAUGGGUUUGCUUCUGAAAUCUGAAAAGGGUAGGUCUGCACACUGCCGAUAAGCUCCAAAAAAAUAAACGUUAUUAUUUAAAAAGCAACGCCUGAUGAAGAUCCAGCGUGAUCGAAACGUUGCUUUUUAAAUAAUAAAGUUUAUUUUUUGGAGCUUAUCGGCAGUGUGCAGACCUACCUUUUUCAACUAUCUGACUUUUUUGUCUGGCACCUGCAACAAGUGUUUUUAGAUGUGCACACCCUACCCAAAACUACUUCGCUUCUGAAAUCCACAUCUUUUACCCACACUGUAAAACAUUGCAGCCAGUUAAACUUAAAAAAGUACCGGUAAGUUGUCCUUCUGCCUUACGUUUUUCAGUUAACUCAACUUUUAAAGCCUUGAGUUGUGUUAACUAACUUACAGCUUAACUUACAAACUUAGGGCAGCAGGGCAAUUUACCUUUUUACUUUUAACUGGCUUGCAAUGUUUUACGUUGCAGUAUGGCAGCAUGAGCAAUCUGAAUGGACUGCAUAGAUAAUUAUCAUCCACAGGCCGUAUACACAUUUUCAAUGGGCAUUAUACAGUACAAAUGCUUGAAUUAUCUGAAUGGACAGAAUAAAAUUGAUCACACACCCAGA